CCAUCCAAACCAUUGGAAAACAAAAUAAAAAUGAGAAUUAUAAUUGCCGAAGAUCCAAACUGGUCCCUGGAUUUGGUUCCCAGUUUGUCCAACCUAUGUCAACGAUGCAUUGCAGACACAAUUGAAGAUCAUCAGCAUUUAUUUGAAAAACUCACACCCCAGCUGAAAGAUUCAAUUCAGCCGAGGUUGUCUCUUUCCCUGCCUCUGCAUGUGACUGCCAACCUGGUCCCUGACGGUGUGUUCUGGAAGCGGUGCUGCCAGCAGCGGUGGAACAUCUGUGACAUUUCUCACUAUGGCCACAGCUGGAAACGAAUGUUCUUCGAAAGGCACUUGGAGAACUUGAUCGAACUUUUUGUCCCAGAGGAAACAGAGUUUAAGGUCAUUCUUGAUGUGCUCCCUCUCUGUAAAAAUUAUAUCAAGAGGUUGAACAUCACACAGCUGCUGCUGCCUUCAAGGAAGUUUGUGAAGGGGAGAGAUGAUGAUCAGCAUGAAGUAGUAAUGCUUACUAAUGAGGAGGAAGAUGAUAUGGCAGCUAGUCAUUUUGACUUUGGGAUUGUGUUGACUGAGCUGAUACACCUGGAAGAGUUCCAUUUGGCGUAUAAAAUCAAACAAUGUGGGAUGAACUUUGAAUGGUCAAUGUUCCAAAUAACCGACAGGGACUGUAGAGCCCUCACCACAGCUUUUAAAGCCUGCAAAACUCUAAAGGUUCUGAGGAUUCGUCAAAGUCAAAUUGACGAUAAAAAGUGUCGCCCGCUGCUGAGAUGCCUUAUGGACCAUCCUUCCCUGAUAGAGCUCGACUUAUCCCACAACAUCAUCAGAGAUGCUGGUGCCAGGUCUGUUGCUGAGUUGCUCUCCAAGGGCCAACUGGAGAAACUCAACAUUUGCAACAAUGAAAUCGACAUCCAUGGAGCCAAAGCCUUAGCUCAGGCUCUGUCAAACAAUUCCACUCUACAGUACCUAAACCUGCGUCUGAACCAGGUGAAGGAUGAAGGUGGGGAGGCCAUUGCCGAGGCCUUGCAGAACAACACGACUCUGAGAUACCUGCACCUGGGAGGUAAUGAUAUGACCUCCAUAACUGCUGUUGUGCUGUCAAAAGUGCUGCAAAAGAAUGAAACACUGAAGACCCUUAAUCUCUCCUGCAACAACCUUGGAGAGAUCGGAGGUAAAGCUUUGGCAGAGGCGAUGGUUCACAACAGCACUCUAACAGAAUGUGAUAUCCGCCAGACAGACAUUGAUGAGACUAAUUCUGCCUCCAUUAACAAGGCAAUUUGGGACAAUCAGUGUGCAGACUGGGAUAAGGAAGUUCAGCAGAGGAGAAAAAGUACCAUCUAUCUUUAAUACAAACCUGCAUUUAUCAGAUACAGAGUCUUACUCCAUAUCUGUAUCUUAAACCUUCUUUCAAACACUACUUCAUACACUUUUAACUUUAAUUUUAAGGAUUUACCUACCUUUCUGAAUUUUAGGUUUGUUUGUUAGAUGUUUUUUAAAAUGUAGCAUAUUUGUGGUUAAAAAAUAUUUUUAGCAUAUAAAUUUAUGAACCAAACAAACCAUUCUGCAGGAUUUCUAAUGUUGUAAGCAUGUGUUCACAUUAACAUUGAAAAUGGUGACAAUUUAAGGCAAAGUAACUUGAAAAAGUGAGCCACAGCUUUGAAAAAGAGGCUAUAUCACCACAGCACCAUGAACAUGCAUCAUGCUGUGCAGGAACAAGUAACAAAAUCUGGAAAUGUUUGAUACUUUGUUAUGAGGCCUAAUAAACAAGAAAAAGUUAUAGUACCUUAGAAAAAAAGCCACUAUUAACUCACCAUUACAUUUUGACACACACAUUUCAAUGUAUUGCAACUGAGACAACAAAAAGCUCAUGAUUUUUAAA